AUGAAUCUUCACCCUAUGACAACCAGGUCCAAGAGUGGUAUUUCCAAAAGAAAGAGGGCAUAUAGAAUCAAGAAACAUGCAGAUGGUUCUAUCGCUUGGCAUAAGAAUUGUUUGGUUGCUAAGGGAUUUAGUCAAGAUGAAGGUAUCGACUAUAGUAAAAUCUUCAGCACUGUAGUAAAACCAACCACUAUUCAAUUAGUCCUUGCUCUUGCAGCUCAGUUCAACUGGUCCUUACGACAACUCGAUGUAAAAAAUGCUUUGAGAGCAAGCAUCAUCCCUCUGAAUUUAUUACUUAAAGAUGAUGGGAAGCCUUAUUCUCAUCCAGCACAAUACAGGAGCAUUGUUGAAGUUCUGCAGUACCUUACCUUCACAAGGCCAGACAUUGCCUUCUCAGUGAAUCAAGCUUGUCAAUUCAUGCUAAUCCCAUGGAAUCUCAUGUUGUGGCGGUUAAGAGAAUCUUGA